AUGCAGGAUCAUCAGCACCAAGAGGAGGGAGAGGAGAAGGAAGAGCCUGAAAGCGCCUUUGAGAAGAGCCCCUUCCAGCUGACAGCAGAGGAUGUCUAUGACAUUUCCUACCUGGUGGGCAGGGAGAUCCUGAAAAUAAGCAGCGAGCCCCAGGGGGAGGCGCCCACCAGGGUCGCCCAGUUGCAGUUCAAGAUAGUGAGGAUUCUGGAAAUGCUGGAAGCUUUGGUGAAUGAGAGUAACCUGACAGUGGAGGAGCUGAAGAUGGAGAGAGACAAUCUCAGAAAGGAGGUGGAGGGACUCAGAAAGGAGGGUCCUCCAGGGAAUGCAGAGCAGCUGAGCCUUGGACCAGACAAAAUGAUAAUAGAUCUCACAGAUCCAAAUCGUCCACGGUUCACGUUGCAGGAGUUGAGAGAUGUGCUGCAGGAACGUAACCAGCUGAAAGCACAACUUCUUAUUGCACAAGAGGAGCUACAGUGCUAUAAGAGUGGCAUCAUUUCACAGAGGGAGGACCAGGCUGGGCCAAUGGAAAAGGAAUCCACUGUCUGCAGUCCUUCUGGCUCAAGCAAAUCUAACGAAGAGAAAACAAUCAUAAAGCGUCUGUUCUCUUUUAAAUACGGAAAACGAAUAUGACUGAGAAUUUAGCCACUUCUGCUCCAAAAGUUG